UCUCUCACACCUAUACCUCACAUAACUCACACGUUGGUUCGUAUCUCUCUGUAUCGUUCUAACUAUAUCACACACGCGACAACCGGCUCUCUUUCUCUCCUCUACAACCCCGCUUCCCAAAAACAGGCAAACCAACAAGCUGGAAACCAACCAUGCCCCCCAGCAUCUCCACCGAAUCCUUCACAUACUUCCCGCUCCUGCCUGGUGAGCUCCGCAACCAAAUCUGGCGUUUCGCCCUGUCAUCUCUGAUCAACGACACUUUCCGCCGCCAACGGCUCUGCUACUACCGUCCGCACCGCGGCUACUGGGAUCCUCGACGUCUUACCCCGAUGGACCCCGAGUAUGAUCGCGACAACGAAGACCUGAAUCUCUCCUUCGAGUUUCACCACGACCGCCUCGAUCCGGUAGUGGUCUGUGUUCCUUUCGUGGCUGUGAGUCGCGAAGCGAGGGGAUUAGUUCUUCCUCUGCUGAGGGAGGCGGGGUUUGACGAGUACCCCAACGAGAACACCCCGCGGAAGAACGGCGGUGGCGAUGCCGAGGGAGACGAUGGUUACAAGAGUAGCAGAACUCGAACUGUGUUGUUCACACACCCAGUCGACCCCCUCCACAACCCCCUCUACAUCUCCCUCAACCACAUCGAGGCAUUUCUCACCGAGCCCUGGGACCGCCUCUUCCAACCGGAUCUCGAUAAUCGGCAGGUUAGUCGAACCGCCCCGGCGAUGAGGCGGCUGGCGCUGCCGGCGACGGCGCUGGUGGCGCAGGCGGGAAAACCGGGAGUGGUGACCGAGGUGAUGGGUGAAUUCUACCGGACGGAGCAGGUGUUCUUGGUUGUGGGCGAGCCCUUGCCGGAGUCACAGGGACAGUGGGUGCUCGAGACGGUAGCGGGGGCGCCGGUAUGGUGGUGGGAUCCGGUCGCGGAGCGGUUGGUCUUGGAUGGUGAUAGCGCUGGCACUGAAGUGGGUGAUGGCCUCGGAGACUCCGUGAAGCAGGUGGCUGAGCUGGUCGAGGCGGAGACCGAGCUUCGAGCUCAGUUGCGCGAGGUCAGUACGCAGAAAUUCGUAAUACGUGUGGCCGUGGCCGUGGCCGUGCGGUUGGGUUGAAGACAGGGGGCUUCAAUCGAGUGAAAACUGCGAUUGUAGCAUGGCGAACGCGCUCGGAGCAUGUCAACCAGAACUUUGCAAGCUAUAUUACCU